AUGAACUUCGGCCCGGCUCUCUUCAUUGUUGCUUUGAUGGUAACGCCUGUGACAGAUUGGAUUUCUCCUAAGAAUGACCCUCAAGAGAGGCCACGUAUAGCUUAUGUGGUUCUUGUUUUAGCCCUGGUGGCGUGUGGUCUAGUCGAUGGGUUGACUGCAGGAAGCUUGAUCGGAGCCACCGGGGAACUGCCAGGACGUCACAUGCAGGCAAUGCUUCUUCAGGAAAAGCUCACAGGCGCACGCACAGAGAAAGAACCUCACAAUAAUUCUGAAAAGCCAUUUUCAGGAGAAGGUUCUCCAAGCUAAAUCCAUCUCAAUGUUGCAAAGAAAUACUUUGAAUCAAAUAAAUACAAAGGAUCAUCAUGUCGCAGAACAUAGUAAUAUCCUAGUCAGCACACAACGCAAAAUUUUGACAAAGUUAAGAAGCUCAAGUUGGUCAAACUAACGACGGAAACCUGAAAGCAUAAACAAAUACAAAGGAUCAGGCGAAAAUCAGAAAAUCACACCAUCCAACCAAUUGCUGACUAAAAUAGUACACGGGUACUGAUUUUCUAUCCCAGUAAUCCCCGUCCAAAACGAUUCUCUAGAUUUAUCUCCCCAAAACCAGGGGCAGGCUAAAUUUCGUCAAUUUCCUGAAACUGAUUUUUUUCCACAUGAUAUCUU